AAUGGCCACUCCUCAAACUACACUACAAAGCACACACCUGGUUUCCCUUUUUUUCACUGAAAGUUACUGUCUUUUAUUUUCUUUCACUCUCCACUGCUUUGUUUUCUUAACACCAAAGCAAGUUUUUUUUUUUUAUUUUCAUAUUUCCAAGUCUUGGUUCAUUCACUAUGAGUAUGAGUAUGAGUGGAAGAAAUAGAUUUCCUUUCACUGCAUCUCAAUGGCAAGAACUUGAACAUCAAGCUUUAAUCUUUAAGUAUAUGGUCUCAGGUAUCCCUGUCCCUCCUGAUCUCCUCUUCACUGUCAAGAGAAGCUACUAUGACUCUCCUUCUACCAAGUUCUUCUCUCACCAACCUCAACAUGUUGGAUGGAACUGUUUUCAGAUUGGUUUAGGGAGAAAAAUAGACCCAGAGCCAGGGAGAUGCAGAAGAACUGAUGGAAAGAAAUGGAGGUGCUCGAAAGAAGCAUACCCAGAUUCAAAAUAUUGUGAGAGACACAUGCAUAGAGGCAAAAACCGUUCAAGAAAGCCUGUGGAAGUUACUUCAACAACACCUCAAGCUAACCCAUCAACACAAACAAUCUCUUCUAUCACCAAAAAUUCGUCUUUUGUUAACCCAUCUUCUGAGAGUCUUCAUCACCAUCUCACCACCCAUCCCUUUUUAUAUUCUUCAAAGCUUCCUGCUGCUGGCCUUUCACCUCAGGAAAGUUUGAACUUAAACUCUGGUAACUUUGUUAUGGAUUCUGGUUCCUUUUCCCCUACUGAUUUCAGAAGAAACAGGUAUGUUUAUGGUGUGAAAGAGGAGCAUGUUGAUGAGCAAGCUUUCUUCUCUGAACCAUCAGGAACUAUAAGGAGCUUCUCUGGUUCAUCUAUGGAUGAUUCUUGGCGACUUGCUCCAUUGACUAUGAGUUCCUCCUCUUCUUCUAAACAGAGGGUUUGCUCUGGUCUUCAGAGUGAUUACUCUUACUUGCAACUUCAAAGCCUCAGUGAUCACACCCCAAAACAACAACAUAAGCAACAGGAUCAAAACUGCUAUGUUUUGGGUAGUGAUACAAAAUGUGAACUGCCCAUUGGAGAACAAGAACCUCAAAAGACUGUUCACCGAUUCUUUGAUGAAUGGCCACCCAAAACCAGAGAUUCAUGGCUUGAUUUAGAUGAUAAAUCAUCAAAUAGUGCAUCUGUUUCAACCACCAAACUCUCAAUUUCCAUUCCUUCCCCACAUGAUUUUCCCAUCUUCAAUUCAAGAGCUCCAUGAUGAUGCUUGAAUUAUCAGUGGUGGGGUUUUCUUAAGUUUACUACUCCCUGUGUGAGUUCUGGGGACUGUUGAUGUUACUUUCUUUUUUAGGCAUUUCUGCUAAAUUUGGUGAAGUUUCAUUAUGUAUUUAAUUUAAAAAAUCCCAUGUGAUAGCUUGGUUGGUUCUGCUUCUUUCUUCUUGACUUGAUAAAUAGAUUAUGUUUUAUAACA